UUGCGCUGAUUAUUGUAGGUUAUAUUUACGUUUAAAUUUUGCGUUUGUCAUGCAUAAUAACAAAGAAAUGUAAUGAAAUGUACUCUUGCCGUGGUUACUGUUGUACGUGUUAGAACUUGUUCAGUUUUUACACUUCAUCAAAAUGGACAAUACGCUGCGCUCAGAGGAUGUCUUUAUUCAAAUACGCGACAAAUUGCAAAAGGAUGGCAUUAAAUUGUGGCUCCCACCAUAUUUUGAGGAAAAAACUGGUGCUUCCAACAAAGAUAUUGAGGCACUGUCACAGAGUUAUAGUAAAACUUUAAAUAUUGACUAUGACUUGUGUUUUCGAGCUGUGUCUGAAUUACUCACAAAUGCAGUGGAGAAGUUGAAACAACGUGAUCGUUUCAAGGAAAGUGGAUAUGCCACUGUUAAAGUUAAGAUUCUAAAUGAUGGAGUACCAAAACUAAUCACGAAGGAGAUUUUACUGUCAAUGACUGGUGAUGAUUUCAGAGCAUUGAUUGCUGAAGAAUCUAGUUUACAAAUGCACAGAUUUAAACUAAUAUGUAAUGGGACCAUUAUUAAGGAGGAUAUUCCUUUGUCUCAGCAAGGUGUUAAAAAUGGAAAUCAGUUUCUUUGUUUGGUGUUGAAUCAGAGUGUGACUGUAAUGCAGGAACAAGAACAGCAGCAAAAGGACAUUGAGGCAACAAAGGCUGACACAUCUUUAUUGGCUGCUGAUAAUUCAUAUAUGCAUUUAGAAGAUCAACAUGGAAAUGUGAUCCAAAUUCCGGCCCACGAAAAACAAGCACUAAUGGUUGCAAUUGCUUUACACGAAAAAGGAAGAAGUGCCUUAAAACGAGAGGAUUACGCUCGUGCUUUGGUGUUUUUCUUAGACGCGGAUCGUGGAUUUAGUCAAUGUAAUUCACAAAUUCUACAAACGGUUGAUAACUACGCCUUGCUGGAUUUGGACAUUGCGUGGUGUUACUUGUGCCUUCAAAGUUUCGUGCAGCUGCCCGAAGCCUAUCAACGUCUCAAGCGCUGCGAAGAGAUGUUUCACAAAAGUUACGGACAAAACCUGGAACGCCUAAUUGCUCUCAAAGGCUCAUCUAGUAAUGAAUCCGCUCUCUUUAUGCGCUUACAUCUAAUGCAAGCCAUUGUUCUUUAUCAUCAAAACAAGCGUCCGGAGGCAUUGGCUUUGCUGGAAAAGUGUCAAGGAGAAUUGGCGCCAUUAAAGGUCGAUGAGGGUAGUUUAAUGGCACUUGUUGAACUUGGAUUUUCUGAGGCCGAAGGGCGAAUCGGUUUGAGAGCAACCAAUGGAGAUGUGAAUCAAGCAGCGAACUACAUCAAUGAGAAUCGAAACAAACGCAUUGAGGCUAGGAAGAAAGCUUUGGCCGAGAAAAUACUUCUAAAUGAAAAGAAGAAACUUGGUCGUUGUGUUGAUGGUAAACAAUACGUGGAUCCUCGAUUUCUCAACAUGUUGGUAAAUAUGGGCUAUCCAAAGGAAACAGCGCGCAGAGCUCUUCAACAUACCAAUAACGUCAUAUCAGAUAGCAUUCAAUAUAUUCAGGAGCAUCCAGAGCCUGGGUCUUCAAAUACAAAAAGUCAAGAGUUCCUAUCAUUGCUUGAAGAUUUAAUUCCUGAGUUAACUGCGGCUGGGUUUGACACAAAAAUGGCUCGGCUUGCAUUGAGGAAGAACAAUGGAGAUAUAAUGAAAGCAGCUGAAGAACUCCUACAAUGCAAUGGCAUUAUUGAAGGAAUUGAAGAUUAUCUAUCAGAUUUUGAAUUGGAAGGAUUGAAAGAAAAUCUUGAAUCAGCAAAAAAGAAGGAAGAAGCAUGGUCACGUUUGUCCCAAGAUAUUUCAAUGGUUGAUGAUGACCACUUGGAUCUAUCACUUGAGAAGGAGGAGGAGUUUCUCAACCAGUAUUUGUCGCUCCUUAUGCAGUGAUGAAACAUGUUUUAUAUUUAGAAUUGUUCAGAAUGUUCUGUGAAACAGUAUAAGUUUUGUAACUUUUUAUGGAGGCAUGUGAUUUUGUGAGAUUUUUGAAAUUUUACGACCUACAAACCUCUUGUAAUACUAGAUUAUAUAAUGAGCGUUAUUUUUGUCAUGACAAAAAAAAUAAAAUUGUGAAAAAUA